CAGACGAAGGCGCCUGGACUUCCGUCUUCGCGGCGGUCACCCCCUCCCUGGAAGGGCGAGGUGGCCACUACCUGUACAACGAGGAAGAGACCACGUCCCUGCGGGCCACGUACGACCCGCGGCUGCAGCGGGAGCUGUGGGCCCGGAGCUGCGAGAUGACGGGAGUCCGGGACGUCACUCCGGACCUCCUGUCCGGGUAGCGGCCGAGCCGGACGUCUGCGCGCCCCCCGCGCCCCUCAAGAUGGACGGGACGGGGCCGGUCAGGCGACUCGGCGGCCGGACGGCAGCGGACACUAGCCGGCCGGGCAGCCCCGCGACGCACGGUCCUCCGAGCUCUGUCCCUGCUGGCCGAGAGCUGGGCCCGCAGCACGGGGACGUCCUGGGAGAGGAGAAGACCGGGGGCACCGGGGACAGCUGCCGAGAUGACCAGAGCCCCGGGGCGCUCGGGGGACGCAGGACCAGGGUGGACGCUGCUGCCUCCCAGCCGGACAGCGUGGACCCACAAGACCGCCCAGGGCCGCUCAGGGGUCCUCUCCCGGCGGACUCCGCGGAGCCGUGGACGCCGGGGGCUUGGCAUCCUCCUCGGGGUGAUCGAAAAGACGGCUGGUGCCCAGCCGGGCGGCCGGCGAGGGCAACGCCCGUGUCCGCGUGCCCCUCGGGCCCGGGGUCGGCCUCAGCGCCAGGGCCCCGUCCUAGGACAGCCGGCCAGUGCUGGAAGGCCCCGUGUGCGCUGCCCGAUGACCCUCGUCCCGCGCAGAGUGACCGCCACGUCCUGGACGGGCCGCGGCCAGUGCCGGACACAGGUGAGCGUGCACAGGUCGUGGACGUCCGCGAUGGACGUCUGGGGCCCCCCACGGCCGCCCUGUGCGUCCCCUGCGGCGUCCAGGGCGCAGAGAGAAUCACAGGGGUCCCCCGAGCUGCCGUCCCCGUGGGGUCCGAGGACCCGUCUCCGGAGACGCCCGGGGCCCCACGGCCACCGGCCGUCCCAUGGGUCGGACCCGGUCGGGCCGGAGCGGAGCCGUCGCAAUGCCCCGGGCGGCCCGAGAGUAGCCAGCAGGGGCGA